CAGGGGCGGACUGACCAUUUGGAAACUCGGGCACUGCCCGAGGGCCCGGAGUCAGUAGGAGGCCCCAUGAGAUGCCCCUGGUACCUUUUUCAUAGGCUUUUUUGCGUUUGGGCAAGGACACAGGGGCACCAUGAUCCCCUAUUGCCCGGGGGCCCCAUGAGUUGUCAGUCCGCCCCUGCGUGCCGCGUCUUCCCCCUGUCAGGGGCGGACUGACCAUUUGGAAACUUGGGCACUGUCCGAGGGCCUGGGGUCAGUAGGGGGCCCCAUGAGAUGCCCCUGGUACCUUUUUCAUAGGCUUUUUUGAGUUUGGGCAAGGACACAGGGGCCCCAUGAUCCCCUUAUAUCCCGAGGGCCCCAU